UGAAUCGCUGCUGGUCGUGUAGAGGCGGAGUUCAGUAUUUUCUUUUUUGUAUUUUUUUUUUUCUUUUUUUCUUUUUUUGCUGAUGUCGACGUGCAGGCGGCGGGUAGCAGGCAGAGGGCAGCAGGCUGGGCUCAUCAUCUCAUCCUCACCGGAUCAGCAGCAUCACCGUCCAACACACGGGCAAGGACAAGGACGACCUCUCCAGACGCGCGCAAGAGGACGGGACCAUUAAGAUAUUUCCAUAUAUAUAAAUAUAUAUAUUUGGUAUUCUAAAAUAAAAGGGCACCAGAUCGCAUCGAAAGCAGCAAGAUGCUGGCCUGUACAGAGAUGAUCACCAUGUGUCUUCAGUCUGCCAAGCACGAACACUUGAGAAAGCAGCAGGAGCUUGACCACAACCAGAAUCAAGGCGUCUCUCUCUUCCAGGAUAUUUUCCGCCGGGCAGACAAAAAUGACGACGGGAAGCUGUCCUUGGAGGAGUUCCAGUCGUACUUCACCGACGGUAUCCUCACUGAUGAGCAGAUGCAGGAGCUGUAUCACUCCAUCGACAGGAAGCAGACAGACAACAUGGACAUAGACAAACUCUCAGAGCACUUCUCUCCACAUCUGGGAGAAUACGUCAACGUCCUGUCUGCCCUGGAGAAGCUGAACGUGGCCAUUUUGAAGGCCAUGGACAAAACUAAAGAGGAGUAUCAGGGUUCAUCGGUGCUCGGCCAGUUCGUGACUCGCUUCCUGCUGAGGGAAACCUCCGCCCAGCUGCAGUCCCUCCAGUCGUCACUGGACUGUGCCAUGGAGGCCGUUUAUGACCAUGGCUGCACGGGGAAGAGGAUAGUGAAGACGCCCGAGGACCUGCCCAUCCAGAGGGCGACCAAAAGGCCCGGCCGACGCAUCCAGAAGAACAUGUGUCUCUCCCCGACUGACCCCUACUCUGGCAUGCUCACCACAGGGGUCAGUGUGGAGCCAGACAACCACUGGGGCUCCCAGAUCAACCAGCUGGAGCAUCUCAUAGACAAACUGGAGUAUGAGAGUCCACAUCUUGAGCCUCUCAACGAAGACACACUGGCGGGGACUUACAAAUCGAACAUACUUCUGGUCCAGAGACAAAUGUCUGUGAAGGAGAAAGACGUGGAGCCGUUUCAACAAGCUCUCAAGAUCUACACAGAUGCGACCACCAGCCAGCUCAACAACCUGCACGUCUCAGUCCAGAACCUGCCAGAUAGAUCAUGCUUCAUCAUGUACGAGUUUUGGCAGGACCGUCUCUCCUGGAUGAGCUACCUGCAGUCGUCCAUCAGCAAGACCUUCCAGCGCUGCAUUAUAGACUCGCUGGAAGAGCCGGAAAUGGUCUCCACCAUGCUCCUCCCAGCCUCUUGGUGGAUUAUGAACAACAACUGACAGGGCAAAGUUGCUGCCUUCAAGAAGAGAGAGGCGACCAUGUAAUCGCUUCUUCUUCUAUUUUGUUUCUUUGAUAUUAACUGUUUUUUUCCCCUUGUGGCAUGACCAGGAUUGCUUUUUGCAACGCUAUGCUCCAGGGUUUUAGAAAAAAAAAAAAAAAAGAAGAAGACUGUUCAGAUAGCUCAGUCAACAGCGGAGCAAACUUAAACCUUGGAUGGAACGAACUGAGGUAAUGCAGUGUUUUAUUGUGUGUGAUCAAGAUCUGUGCUCAUUUCACUGACUCACGGGCACGAUUCUUGUGUCUGAUUUAACAGAAACGCCGGAAAUGAUUUUAGAAAAAGAAAAAAAAAACACAUUUGCAUGAUUUCUUAUUUCUCAGUGCUAGUUUGUUUCACUUAGAGCUACAUCUUAGAGUAGGUAUAAUGUUCCACAACAACAGAAAAACACAAAGUAACAAUAAACCUGUUUAUCCAUCACUUAUCCUUCCUCUCAGAUGAAAAUAGUGACAGGGUUUACCUUUCCUCUUGUUCUCUCUGUGGUAUUGUGCUUUGUUGUCUCUUUCAAAGCUUUGUUACCAACUUGCCGACGGGUUAGACAGCCAUUCGAUAGUUAACGAAGAGUUACAACCUAUACUUCUAUCGUCCGUGUCACUCCUGCACUUUAGAAAAUAUGAAACGUGGACCUUAUCGUGAAGAACGGACAUUUAUCGUAGAUCGUCUAUUCAAAAUGUAGAGUUAACUGCUCCUAUUAAAAAGCAGAGAGCUGCUCCGGGGAGCAGUGAGAUGUUAGUGAAUGGUAAUAAUUUACCAAAUAAUUGUGCAGUUUCCUCGUACUGUUAGAUAUAUAUAAAUAUAAUUUAAAAAAAUAAAUAAAUAACUCAAAAGCCAUUAUUUUGCAUUUGCAGUGUUUAAUCGAGAGUUUAACGGUGCAGCACACACAAAUAGAAGUUUAUAUUUUGAGUACAAGCUGGAUCUGUUCCGUGUGAUUGAGACUCUGGUGUACAGUAGUCGAUAAAAGUUGUAGAAUAAUUAUUGUGGUAAAUGUACAUUAUUGGAUUUGCUCGGAUAAUGUGAAGAAUGAAUGUGUUCACACUUUGGUUGAGUAUUUCUCAUUUCUUUCAGUGUAAAAUAUACAGUUGUUACGUGAUGCUAUGUUUGUUUUUCGGCAUGAAUUAAAGUUUGACAUGUUGAUAACGAGAAAGAAA